GGGACCAGCGGGAGCGUCUGCGAUAAGAUCGGCAUCUAACAUGUCUUUCUUGCAGCUGAGGAGUUCAUAACAUAUGUUUGAGUGUGUUAAAACUCUUGCUGUCACAGUUACUUUCGCGAUCGAGGUUCCCUGACUCGAGUCGGAUGACGGAUCUGCGUCGCUGGGGCCUCCUCGUCCUUGUGUACAGUGGCUUCGUGUAACUCAUUGCUUAUAUAAUAGCAGCGUGCAGUCGGCGGACGGCGGGAACGUGUGUUUACCAACUUAGCGAAACCGUGCGUUCUGAAACACACAACGCGGGUGUGCCCGGAGCGGCGGCCGGUGUGCAGCACGGGAACCUGCACCGCGACUCCAACGGCGACGUGCUCAUGCAGCAGGUGCAGCAGCCCCCGCCGGCUGCGUACGCGCCCCCUGCCGCCCCAGCCCUGGCCCAGCAGCGUGGCGCCAGCGGAGUGCAGCAGCCCGUGGGUGCACCGCCGCCCCGCCGCCGGCUGUUCCAGGGCGGCGCGCCGCAGAUCACCAUCAACGACGUCGAGCUGCUGGGCGGUGGCAACUCCAGCGAGCUCGAGGACAGCGGUGCCGCCGAGUGAUGUGCGUGACCUGUGAGCGGCUUUUCAAGUGGGACACAUGGCAUGCCAUGAGCGGGGCGGGCUGGUAUUAAAGGUGCAUCUGCCUUUCGCGUUCCUAGGGACUGAUAUGUUUCAAGGCGUGUGCGGCGAGGUUUGCACCUGCUGUAUAUUCACAAGGGCACGUUGACGGCAGAUGUCUCACGCUUUGUUCUCUGCCUGCCUUGCGGCAUCCUCCAAUUGGGAACCCAGCAUACAGCAUGAUGUGCUGUAGCCUUACUACAGAUCUACGACCAUGUGUGCUGCUGUAGUUGGCACCACGCUAGCUUGGGAGCGCCGAACCUAGGCCGGCACUUGGGUGGCAGUGUCGUGUGUCGCGUGACAUGCACCCACUGUUACGUGUGUCAGCAACAGGCUGAGGUGCCUUGCCUCCGCUGUUCGGACUUGGCCUUUGCUGCUGUGUAAAUCGGUGUUUCA